UUUAUGUCGGCUUGUUUUCUACUGCUACUACUACUACUACUACUACUACUACUACUACACAAAGCGACCGUCAGCUACUAAAGAAGUAAGAAAUACAAUGGAUGAAGCAGAAUUGAACGAACUGAGGAUGUUGUCAUCUUAUCAGGGCUCAUUUAAAUCCAAACGUCUGAAGAAAACUAUCAAGGAUAAAUGUUUGGUGAUCGGGGAAACAACAAUGUACUACGGGAAUUUCGGAUCCGUCCAGGUAUUGUCUCCGAUUCCGGGAUCCCCAAGUCCAGACGGUGAAGCAGGGAGUGUUCACAUCCGCCCAGACAGUCCAGAGGAAGCUGUUUUGUCACCUCAGACUGAACAACACGUAACAUCAAAGAAAGGGAAAAUGGCCUCUUCAAAAAGAAAGAAGAGUACAGCGGGAGACAAGAAGAAGACAUCUCAAAAGUAUGGUUUGCCCCCAUUAAAAGCUGCUCCUGCCAGCAACAGUCGACGACCACCACAGAUGUCGAGAGGAAGAGAACCGUGCAGUUUUCGACCAUCAGGCGACAACGAAACUAGGGAAAAUGACCUCAUGUCUACAGACACAUGGAUUCCAAAACCAGGCUUCAAACCAAGAGAAAAGAAAACAAUAACAAAGAACGCUUUUACAUCAGAGUCUUCAAACUUAAAAUAUGGAUCUCUUGGUAAACUAAUUGAACAUACAAAAAGAGUACAAGCUUCCUCUUCUCUUAUAACAGCUUCCUUAGGUGGUGUCCGCCUUCCUGCCAUUCGUGGAGCAACAAGAGCCUCCGAAACCCGACAGACCUUUCCACCAACUGCCCAGUACAUCAAUAUCUAUAAGGAUGAUGGUCAUCUCCCUCCCCUCAAGGUCAGCACAAUGUCAAUUGCCAACAGGAGAUUGCAUGACGAGCAUGACGAAAACACAAACGGUUGCCACAGGUAGACGGCUGGUUUCAAAUAUCCAAAACUUGAUUAGUCAAUUAAUCUUUUCUACUCUCUUUUUCAAAUGACAAUUACAUUUGUGAUUUGGAACUUUGUAAGAUAAUCCAAAGCACGUGUGUAAAUUAAAACAUUUCGCACGGGAUAAAGUUGACAAAUCGAACUUUCCCUACUGAUAUAGAGUUGGCCAUCCGAAAUACAUCUUUGAGGAUACGGGAAAUGUGUUCACCCGAGACACAUCAAUGGCUACCACUCUGUUAAAAGACAUUCACGCUACGGAGCUUUACCAUUCCUUUCCUCGGGCCAUGCAUCCGUGAAUCGGUAGAAUACUAUAUGGAGCUAAGGUAGUUGAACUUUUAGCGGUGAAAUCAUGCCUACAGCAAUCAUCAAAAUGUCUAGCCCACAAGCAAGAUUGAACGCGAUUCAUCUUCUUUGGUCAUGGUUCCUGACAUGCAUCACACUUUUCACCGGCAAUGGGAUGGAAUGGAAUCAAGGAAAAGGUAUCAUGAUGCUGGUGAGAUGCUGAUAAAUCUAUCUGGACAGAUAAGGGAUGAUUUUUGGGAAUACAAAUAACUAGAGGUAUGGCUGGAUUCGGAAGGAUGCCAAUACUUGAUGACAUAGCUCGUCGUUUCCGACGGUUUUAGGGAUGACACUUGAGAGGACACGUGAAUGAAGCUAACUUAUCGAAUAAUGUAUGAUAUUUUCUUACAAUUUGGUUGUGGAACUAGUGGAAUGUAUGAUGAGGUGACGGGGAUAGACUCCCAAAUCAUGUCGAGUGAUAUGAUUGAAGAUCAAGAUAGGAAACGUCAAACAUCGCGAGAACUAGUGCACUGUUCGAGACUUUGAUGAUGAAAACUAUUUGUUUUCAAACACUAUUUGAAGGACAUUUCAAUGUUACAUGUGUUCUUUAAAUUGUUUUUUGUUAUUAUUUAUUGUGCGUUAUAUUUUUGCUAUUG